UCUGCUGGAUCUCCGUCCGGACACUGAUGGACACAGCUCGGAUCUCUGAGGACUUUUGCUGUUUUCUCUGUUGGGAGGGAAGUUCGGAACAUGUGGCUCUGGUCCAUUUUUCAGGGGAAAUAUCAGCUGGGGUUCCUCUGAGGGCGGUUUCUAGAGAGGGCGUGGCGCUACACCUGAGCGUCGCGUGCACAGUCCAAAAGGGAGGAGGCGCGCGCACCCUGAGGUUUCUGCGCGUGGGGGCGGGUGGGCACGAGCAGCAGACAGCAGGAAGAACUCGGGUCGGGACCCCGACCGACGAGCACAGAGAUGGCAAAAAAGAGCUCCAGCAGAAUCACCCUGAAGACGCUGUUCUCCAGACGUGACAACGGCCGGAACGCGCCUGCGCACACGGAGGAUGGGGAGCAGAAGAGGUCAAAGCUGUUGAAGCUCAGGAUCAAAGCGAAGAACUCCCAGAAGGCAGCUGGCGAGGACCGGCACGCGGGCAGCACUUCGCUGCCCAUGAGUCCCGCUGGACCCGUGGAGGUCGAUCACAUCGUCUCGCUGAAGAAGUCUUCCUCUGUUUCUGGGACCACGCCCAGGUCAAAGGGGAAAGAAUUCAGCUACUCCGAGUCAGACCUCCGGAAGCCCAAAAGAUUCGCUACCUUCUCUUUUGGCUUGAAAAAGAGGAAGAAGAAGAACGAGGAGACUCUCUCAAAGAGCACAUUUGGCCUUGAUGAACAAGAGAGUCUCCUGGACCUCACUCGGAGAAAUCUGGACCCGGCUUGCUCCAACCGGCAGUUCAGUUCCUCUCAACCGGAGCUGGAUUCCCGCUUCGACAUCCCCUCUCCUCCUCCCUUGGCCAAAAACCUCUCCGAAUCGCACUUCGCUCUCCCAGACCGCCCAUCCUCCUUGCUCCGUAGCCGACCGCAGUCUGAGGAGCUUCUUAGCGACUUUUUCAUAGAAGAAACGGCGAGGGCGCCCAUCGCCUCCAUCCCUGAGCUGCAGCUUUCCAGCUCAGAGGAAACGGAGACCUGCUUGGCUGUUUGUUCCACCUCAAGUUCAUCUGGCGCCUCUCUGAGACAGAAUCAUGUGAGGUGCCACUCUGUGACGUGUACUGUUAGUCAGGUUUCCAAGGCAACUGUGAACCCCAUCCCUGGAACGCCUGAUCGGCUCAACGCUCCCGGCAGAGAAGGCUCACUUUCCCCAAUCUGUGAAAGGGAUGAGCAGAAUUCCUGUUUGUUCAGUCCAGAUGAAGUUUAUAAGGCUCUCUACAAGUCUCAUUUUCCUAAAGGGUUAACACCCAUCCCCUCCACCCCACCAACCUCCACAGAUCACUCUGCCGCACCGCGAGUUCAAACGGCGCAGCAUGACACUGCAGCUCCCAGGAGCCAAGACUCCCUCAGAAAAAUGACUUCUAUUGAAGGAAACCCGGAAAUCCGGCGCUUUUCACCUGCUGAAGAGGCGAGCACCCCCUAUUCAGUUCCCAAACUGCACAUCGGCAGCUUUGUGCGCCCUGGCGCCACGGCGCUCUCUGGAGGUCGGGCCUCCGCUGCUCCUGUUUCAGACUACGUCACGUCCAUGAGGACGAGGGGUCGGGUUGCCGUUCCCAUCACACAGGCAGAAAAACGCUUGCCUUCUUCCAGCCAGGUGGCUGCGCCAGAGGCUCCGAGGAUGUUUCCGGGCUUGUUGGCGCCGAUGGACGCGUGCGACAGACCUCUGAGUCCGCCGUACCUGAGCGUGGGAUCGGAUGAGGGGAGCACUGCGGACGUUUAUUACAGCGCUCAGGAGGACAACGUGGAGGAGAGCGGCGAUGAGGAGAUGUUUACCCUGAGCGAGAGGCAGGAUAAUUUUCUGGGUGGAGGUGGGGAGGAAGCUGAGGCCAACUUCAACGGGAUCGUUGGCAUGAAGCAGGAGAAGGUAAAAGGUCAGAGGUCACAGAACCCUCUGCAGAAUGAAGGAAAGUUUCUUUUAGAACACAAUGUGGAAACUGUAGUACAAGAAGGUGGAGGAGGAGGGGGGGAGUUAGUGGCACCACCUGUUCUGCAGGUGAACAUGACGGAAUGCGAGAGUGCCCCGCCCUCCACUGAGCUCACGGGGGAGGGGUCUGGCUCUGAAAAAAAAGACCUCUAUGCUGAAGAAGUGGCGAGCCUCCAGGGCCCGUUUGAGAUGUUUAAACAAAUGAGCAGUUCUGAAGAUACACAGACUGGUUCCGUAGGCCAGAAGUUGGCUGAGAUUCCGUCUGCGCCGCCACACGGCAAGCUGCCGGCUUUGUUGACAGCAGAACUCAACGCAGACCAAGAAACACGUGUGCUGUCAGGCACGCCUGCAGAAUCCGCCGCGGGCAGCAGCCCCCUGUGGGCGGAAACGCCGGAUCGCAGCGCCACCGUGCAACGCCAGGUGCCAGUAGAGGUUCUGGCUUCACACCAGGGCGUUACAGAGGCUGCAGAACGGAACAUGGAGGUCCCAGAUCAGCUGGAUGACAGGUUUCCUCUGGAUAUCCUCCUGACAUCGGAGUCCGAACCAGCAGCCAUGAUGAGCAGAGGCAGCCUGUACACCCCGCUGAGCUCCGAGAGCUCGACCCCACCAGGAGAGGACGCCCCCAACCAUGACCUUUACAAAGUGACAGAAGAAAUGGAUUCUGGGCCAGACUUUAGGUGGAAGAACAGAUUCUACGGAGUGACUCCAUAUAAACCAAGCAGCACAGAGGACUAUCUAACUCCCUCCCCCUCUGGAAAGGUUGCUGGUAGCAACAGCGACUCAGAGGAGUGGAGGAGGAGCUCUGAGUGGGAGGAGCCUGCUGCACCUGCAGGUAAAGGAGACGAGCAGAGACAGAAAAAGGCAGAGAGCGAGCAGUCGCACAGAAACUGGGAGCAGCCAGAGCUGUCCUGCAGCAGCCAAGAAGACUGCAGCGGAGUCUUCAGAGCCACCCUGGUGAAGCUGGUCCCUGACCCCCCCGCCGCCCCCGAGUCCCCAGACACAGAGUCUCACAUCCAGCAGGACAUGGAGACCCUGGUGGACACUCUGAGGAGCAUGGAGCCCUCUCUGAAGAGGGGGAGCACACCCCAGCGUCCACAGGCACCUUCUCCCCAGCACAUCUCUGCACUGCCCCCCAUCGAGGAGGACAGGACCCCCGAUACCCCCCCCCAAAAGCCAGAGGGAAACCUGAACAUCCUACUUGCUGACCUGGGUUUGGGCAGCAGCUCCUCCCGGGACACUCGAUCCCCGCUGGAGCUGAUGAAGAGCCAGGAUCUGCACCCCCCAGAUGUGAACGGAAACGGGUUGCCCAACAGGUCGUCCCGCCUCAAUAGCAGCGUUUUGUUUGGGAGCUUCAUGUCUGCAGAGAAUGACAACAAGCUCCAUACAAGCCGCAGAAGCUCUCUGCCAGAGACCCGCCCCCUUUCAGGCGACCACUUCAGCUUGGGAUCAAAGGAGCAGAGCGAAGGCCCGGCGACCCCCUCCGGGUCCCGGUUGGAGCGCCUCUCCCUCAUUGUGGGCUCGUCUUCUCCGACGAACGGAGGUUACGACUUGAACGCCCCCCGUAUGAGCCUCCCCUUUAUCGGCUCCCCUCCCUACAUCGGCAGCCCCACCCACCUGCUUAGCCCCACCCACCUGUUUUCCCCCCCAAGCUCCAAGGACUUGCACUGGCCCUUUGCCAUCCCAGACCCUUCGAUGUCCAUGCUGGCCCAGAAUUCAGGGGUCUUGAGUGGGGGCCAGGCCGUAUCUCAGUUCCAGCGACCCGAACCUGAGCAGAACAUGCUUUCCAAGUACCGCGCUUUCCCCGACGCUUACCUCACCAAAGAGAAGGAGCACGGAAAGCUCAACCCCCGCCCUGGAAAGAUGUUCAUCUACGACCGGCCGGGGAUGUGCGGCCAACGAUGGGAGGUCCGCGGCGACGUCCUUGAUGCUUCGUCCUGGGAGCUGCAGGACACCAUCUCCAUCAGGGUGGUCCGGGGAGGGUGGGUGCUGUACGAGAAACCCAACUUCAAAGGAGAGAAGUUCGCCUUGGAUGAGGGCGACAUCGAGCUCAGCUGCCCCUUCAGCCCCCCAGAGGAGCUGGAGGAGAACGGAGUCCAGGAGAAUGGCGGAGAAGACGGGCCGACGGAGAGCACGCCGGCGCGGAGGUUCAUCAUCGGAUCCAUGCGCAGAGCGGUUAGGGACUACAGCGUUCCUGAAAUCAGCCUGUUUCCUGAGGAGAACGCGGAGGGGAAGAAGGUGGUCUUCAGGGACACGUCAGAGGAUGCCAGGAUUUUCGGGUUACCCAUCAAGGCCACCUCCAUCAUCGUCAACUCCGGGCUCUGGCUCGUGUACGCGGAACCUUUUUUCCAGGGUGUCCCGCGGAUCCUGGAAGUGGGGGGGUAUACCAACCCAGCAGCCUGGGGAGUGGAAAAGCCUUACAUAGGUUCACUCCAUCCACUGAAAGUGGGGGAGCCGAGAGUGGAAAACAUGACAGAACCGAAGAUGGUCAUCUUCGAUAAACCAUACUUCACCGGAAAGUCGCGUACCAUCACUGCCAACAUGAGAGACUUCAUAUCCAGAAGUGACAGUCAGCAGACCGUCUUCAUGGGCAGCGUGGGGUCGCUUAAGGUCCUGGGAGGAAUCUGGGUGGGCUUCCAGAAGGAGGGCUUCCGCGGCCACCAGUACCUGCUGGAGGAGGGCGAGUACCAGGACUGGCGAGUGUGGGGCGGCUGUGACUCGGAGCUGCGCUCCGCCAGGAUCAUCCGGGCUGACCUCAGGGAUCCCCUGAUUGUGUUAUUUGAACAGUCGGAAGAGGAGGAUAAGUUAGAAAACAACCUUGAAGGGAUGGAGGCUAUUCCCGACGUGGAGCUGCUUGGUUUCAAAACGUCAACGCGCUCCAUCCACGUUAUCAGCGGGGCGUGGAUAGCUUACUCCCACGUGGACUUCUCUGGGAACCAGUACAUUCUGGAGAAAGGCUUCUACAGCAGCUGCGCUGACUGGGGAGCUCAGGACUCGAGGAUCUGCUCAGUCCAGCCCAUCCUGCUGGCCUCAACAGGCAAGAUGACGAAGCAGGAGAUCAUCCUCUACUCUGAGCCAGACUUCCAGGGCCAGUGUCACAUCCUAGACCAGAACCGGGAAGCUCUGCCUGAGAAGUUUCAGACCAAAUCCUGUCGAGUGUCAGGAGGAAGCUGGGUGCUCUAUGAGGAACCACACUUCUCUGGGAACUUGAAUGUUGUAUGUGAAGGGGACUACCCCAAUUUACCUAGCAUGGGCUGCCCCCCUAACUUCCUACUCCGCUCCGUCAAGCUGGUGCCCCUGGCGUUCUCGGUACCCUCCAUCUCUCUGUUCAGCCUCGAGUGUCACGAGGGCCGGGAGAUAGCCAUCGACUAUGAAGUCUUCAGUCUGCUCCAGGAGGGCUUCAACAACCAUGUCCUCUCUGUCAAGGUCAACAGCGGCUGUUGGGUUAUAUGUGAACACAGCUGUUACAGAGGGCGCCAGUUCCUACUGGAACCAAUUGAAAUCACCAACUGGCCCAAGUUCAGCUCCCUGAACACAAUCGGCUCCAUGUACCCCAUCAGACAGAAGCGGUACUACUUCAGACUGAAGAACGUGGAGAGCGGCCAUUUUCUGUACAUCCAGGGAGGCGUGGAUGAAAUGAAAGCUGGUCGUGUGGUGGCGGGGCCAGAGGUGGAGCCUAUGAGCGACAUCUGGUUUUACCAGGAUGGACAGAUCAAGAACAAUCUGGCGACCACCAUGAGCCUACAGGUCAUGGGCAACGUGGAACCAGCAGCUAAGGUGGUUCUGUGGACCGAAACCCGACAGCCAAUCCAAACCUGGACCGCCGAGAUGAAAGGACUCAUCAGCAGCCUGACAUUCCCUGGCAUGGUGCUGGACGUUAAAGGCGGUAAGAGCUACGAUCAGAAUCACGCGGUGAUUAUGCCAGAGAAUGACGAGAGGCCAAGUCAGCAGUGGGAGAUCCAUCUGCUGUAGGAUGCAGAACGCUCCAGAGAAACGUCUCUAGAUCUGCGCUCGCUAUAUUCACUUGUAUGAGUACCAAGGAUGCAGCAAAUGGAACUCUAGUGGAAGCAUUCAAACCAGAAUCUGCCUCAGGUCACCUGCUCCUCUUUAGUUCUGAUUCUGGACGGAAGAAGCCAAACUAAUGGUUGCAUGUUUGAGUUGAUGGGAGGCGGGGUCUCAUGUUAACACGCUGCACUUUGUUUAAGUGAAAACGCUACACUAAUCUUAAGAAAAGCUGUAAUAUUCUGUUACAGAUUGUAUAGAAAAUGAGGGUUUUUAAAUAUUCAAUAAAAAUAAAGUUUCUACAGACUCAAA